AAAAAUAGUCAGUUUUGAAGGUAAAAAUGGCUUCCGUACAAGAGGACACGGUUCCGUGUGACUUCCCACGCUUUGACGAGGACAGGGACGGUUUUAGUCCAGGUGUGUUCCCACCUGGAUUUCUGUGGGGCGCCGCCACGUCUGCUUUCCAGAUAGAAGGAGCAUGCAGUGAGGAUGGGAAAGGACCGUCUAUGACGGAUACAUGGUUCAACCGUACACCCAGAGCCUUGGACGGUACAACGGCAGAGGUGACAUGUGACAGUUACCAUAGGUACCGGGAAGACGUGCGUAUCCUGUCGGAGCUUGGCGUCUCCCACUACCGCUUCUCUCUCUCCUGGCCCCGCCUCUUCCCGGACGGCACCAGGGACUCCCUCAACCCCGACGGUGUCCGCUACUACAACAGCCUCAUCGACGAGCUUCGCGCGCACAACAUCGUGCCGUUUGUCACCCUGUACCACUGGGAUAUGCCACAGGCUCUCAUGGACAAGUACCGAGGCUGGCUGAACGAAGCCCUGGUAGGACUGUUUAACGACUACGCGAGGUUCUGUUUCUCGGAGUUCGGGAAUCGCGUCAAGCACUGGGUGACUUUCAACGAGCCGUGGUCGGAGAUUGUGAUAGGAAGUAAGGGCAUACUGUCUGAGACCGUUGGUAAACAGGGGAAGCGAGGGGUGUACGCUGCCGGGAGAACCGUACUGAAGGCUCACGCGGCGGCCUGGCACACCUACGACAGGGAGUUCCGGGCAAAACAGGGAGGACAGGUCGGUCUGGCCCUAAGCUGUACCUGGGGAGAACCCAAGGAUCCACAGAACGCCGAUGACGUCGCAGCCGCGGAACGUUUCUUUGACUUUAAUGUGGGCUGGUUCGCGCACCCCUUCUUCGUUAACGGCGACUACCCUGACGUCAUGAAGGAUUACGUCAUGAAGAGAAGCAUGGCGGACGGACAGGCCACUUCGUGUCUUCCCGAGUUUUCCACAGAAGAGAAGGCACUGUUGAAGGGCUCUGCAGACUUCCUCGGGGUGAACUACUACACCGCGCGCCUGGUGUCUACCCGGGCGGGGAGAGACGCCUCCGGCCCCGGGGAGGACAUGUUGGGAGAGGACGAUGCCGACGUGCACGUGGAGAUGAACCCGGACUGGCCCGUAGCGGGGUUACCGUUCAUUAGCAUCGUGUCGUGGGGACUGAGGAAGGUUUUGAACCUUGUCCGAGACCGAUACCAGGUGCCGCUGAUCUACGUGACAGAGAACGGCUAUCACGAGGAACACAAGGGGGAGCUGCAGUACGACAUGAAGGACGCCAGGAGGAGCUGCUAUCACGCCGCACACAUCAACGAGCUCCGGAAAGCCAUGACGUUGGACGGCGUGAAUGUCCAGGGCUACACGGUGUGGUGUCUGAUGGACAACUUUGAAUGGUUCUUCGGACACACCCAAAAGAUGGGACUGUACCACGUCGAUUUUACAGACCCUGAGAGGAAAAGGGUACCCAAAGAGUCGGCCGGGUUCUACCGUGACGUCAUCAAGCACAACGGGUUCCCGGAUGGAGCGCCCCACACCAGGCUUGUGCAGGAGUGGUGGAAGAAACGGGCCAAACGAACUACGGGAUCCUCGGAAUAAUAAGCACGAGCGUUUAGAGUAGCUAGGCAGCUAGCAAAGAACAAAGCUAACAAUAUUUUUACUACAGUAAUUUUAAGUGAUACCAUAAGAACGGCUAUUUAAAGAGGAUAAAUGAAUGUAAAAAAGUCUAUUAGUGACGUCUGUCCAUUUUGUAAAA